GUUCUUUACUCUAACGUUACUCAUGACAGACAACCCUUAUCUUGCUCACUUAAACACCAAGGAAGAUAAUAGCAAUCCCUUUAAGGGAAUGAUUCCUAGAAAUACAACUGCUAAACAAGCAGAGAAGCUUGAAAAUGCUACUACAAACCCUUUUACCGGCAAGGCUUAUUCUGCAAAAUACCAAAAGAUCUUGGAAGGUAGACGCAAACUUCCUGUUCAUGCUCAACGUCAAGAAUUUUUGGACAUGGUACACAAAAACCAGUUUGUUGUUCUUGUUGGUGAAACUGGUUCCGGUAAAACAACACAAAUCCCCCAAUUUUUAGCCUAUGAUGAAUUGCCUCACUUGAAAGGAAAGAUGAUUGCUUGUACUCAACCUCGUCGUGUGGCUGCCAUGUCUGUCGCUCAACGUGUCGCUGAUGAAAUGGACGUCAAGUUAGGUCAAGAAGUGGGUUACAGUAUUCGUUUUGAAGAUAACACAAGUCCCAACACUUUCUUGAAAUAUAUGACAGAUGGUAUGCUUUUGCGUGAAGCCAUGUCUGACCCUUUGAUGAGCAGAUAUUCAGCUGUGAUUCUUGAUGAAGCUCACGAACGUACACUUAAUACUGAUAUUUUGAUGGGUCUUUUGAAAGAAAUCUGUAAGAAGAGAAAAGAUUUGCAAGUCAUUGUCAUGUCAGCUACAUUGGAUGCUGGUAAAUUCCAAAAGUACUUUGAUGAUGCUCCUUUGUUGUCUGUACCUGGUAGAACUUUCCCUGUCGAAAUCUUUUAUACUCCUGAACCUGAACGUGAUUAUCUUGAAGCUGCUAUUCGUACCUGCCUUCAAAUUCACGUCAGUGAACCUGAAGGUGAUAUUCUUGUCUUCUUGACGGGUGAGGAAGAAAUUGAAACCGCAGUAAGCAAAAUUAAAGCGGAAGGUGAUGAAUUGAUCCGCAGCCAAGGUGCUGGUCCUCUUAAGGUAGUUCCCCUUUACUCUUCAUUACCUCCUCGCGCACAACAACAGAUCUUUGAAUCUGCUCCUCCUCCACGCAACGGUGUUCCUGGCCGUAAAAUUGUAGUGUCUACCAACAUUGCUGAAACUUCACUUACCAUUGAUGGUAUUGUCUAUGUCAUUGAUCCUGGUUUCGCUAAGCAAAAGGUCUACAAUCCUCGUAUUCGUGUCGAGUCCCUUUUGGUCUCUCCCAUCUCCAAAGCCUCUGCUCAACAACGUGCUGGUCGUGCUGGUCGUACUCGACCUGGUAAGUCUUUCCGUCUGUAUACUGAGAAUGCCUUUAAUCAAGAAUUGAUUGAGACCACAUACCCUGAAAUCUUGAGAAGUAACUUGGGCAACGUUGUUCUUCAAUUAAAGAAGCUUGGUAUUGAUGAUCUUGUCCAUUUUGACUUUAUGGAUCCUCCUGCCCCUGAAACAUUGAUGCGUGCUCUUGAACUCUUGAACUAUUUGGGUGCUCUUGAUGACGAUGGUGAAAUGACACCUACCGGUGAACUUAUGUCUGCCUUCCCUCUUGAUCCUCAAUUGAGUAAGAUGUUGAUCGAGAGUCCUAGUUACAACUGCUCCAAUGAAAUCCUCUCUAUUGCUGCCUUACUCUCUGUACCUCAAAUCUGGGUUCGUCCCAACAAUGCUCGUAAGGCUGCUGAUGAAGCCAAGGCUCAAUUUGCUCAUGCUGACGGUGACCACUUGACCCUCUUGAACGCUUAUCAUGCCUACAAGACAAACUACGAAGACCCCAACUGGUGUUAUGAUAACUUCUUAAAUCACAGAUCACUCAAGUCUGCAGACAAUGUGAGAAACCAGUUGAUGAGAACCAUGGAAAAGUAUGAUUUGGAAUUAGUGUCUACUGAUUUUGAGAACCGAUCUUACUAUACAAACAUCAGACGGGCUGUUGUUGCUGGUUACUUUAUGCAAGUCGCUCAUCUCGAACGAUCUGGUCAUUAUUUGACUGUCAAGGAUAAUCAAAUUGUACAACUUCAUCCUUCAUCGUGUUUGGACCAUAAGCCUGAAUGGGUGUUGUAUAAUGAAUUUGUGUUGACCACACGUAAUUAUAUCAGAACAUGUAUUGAAGUCAAGGCAGACUGGUUACUCGAAGUUGCGCCUGCUUAUUACGAUUUAUCUAAUUUCCCCAACUGUCAUGGAAAACGUCAACUUCAAGCUAUUGCCAAUAAGAAAUAUAGAAAUGAAGAAGAAAAGAAGUCUUCCAAGAAGAGAAAGCAUUAAAGAAUUUUAGUUUCUUUGUUAUACAAUCAUCAUUCCAUUUUUUUUUUUUCGUUUAUACACUACAUCCUAUUUAGAUCAUUACAGAUUAUCUUGUGAAUAAUAAAGGCAACGAUAUCUAAUU